AUGUCGAACAAGCAACAGAACAUCUUGGCGCCCAAGACGGAGUUCACCGAAUUCGGUGGCCCCAUCGGCGGCCUCUUUGUCUCGGUCGCGACGCCAUUUUUCAGCUACCUUCUCUUCUUCUUCUGCAAUGAGCAGGUCGGAUGCAGUGUCCUGCCAACCUAUCCGGCCGCCAUCUGGCAGCAAAUGGUCCAAGGCAUCAGGGAGAGCAUCUUUGACACGACGGCUUUCGCUAUCUACUUUGGAUGGUACGCCUUCGUUGUUGCUUGCUGGGCCAUUCUUCCGGGCAAGUGGGUGAAGGGCUCCGAGCUCCGGACAGGCAUUCGUCUCGAUUACAAGCUCAAUGCUUUCAAUACGCUCGUUGCUUCGUUCAUCGCAUUUGGAGCUUACGUCUACGUCCGAGGCCCUGCUGCUGGCGCCAUUCUUUACGAUCACUGGCCUGGCCUUGUCACUGCCUCGUUGGUCAAUGCCAUCAUCCAGUCCCUGUACGUCUACGCCCUCAGCUUCCAGGAAGAGAAGCUUCUUGCAAAGGGCGGGAACACAGGCAACCACCUCUUCGACUGGUUCAUUGGCCGCGAGCUCAACCCCAGGAUUGGCUCCUUUGACAUCAAGACCUUCAACGAGCUGCGUCCCGGCAUGAUCCUCUGGGGCCUCCUCGACUUCAGCUGCGCUUGCCACCAGUACGUGUCUCGCAAAGGAGGCUUGACCGACAGCAUGGUCCUCGUCGUCCUCUUCCACACUUGGUACAUCGUCGAUGCCCUUUUCAACGAGGAGAGUAUCUUCACCCAGAUGGACAUCACCACCGACGGCUUUGGCUUCAUGCUCUCCGUCGGCGACCUGACGUGGGUGCCCUUCGUCUACAGUCUUCAGGCUCGCUUCUUGGCCUUUAUGCCUAACGAACUCGGUUACCUGGCGACCGCCGCUAUCCUCUUUUUGAACCUCACCGGCUACUACAUCUUCCGGACAGCCAAUUCCGAGAAGGAUGAGUUCCGGAAGGGCGGCAACCCAAAGAACCUCAAGUCUAUGACUACAUCGUCUGGUCGCAAGCUCAUCACUUCGGGUUGGUGGGGCCGUUCCCGCCAUCCUAAUUACUUUGGAGACUGGAUCAUGGCCCUGUCCUGGUGCCUGCCCACGGGCUUCCUCACUCCGAUUCCCUACUUCUACAUCUUCUUCUUUGUCGUACUCCUCACCCAUCGGCAGCUGCGCGACGACGAGGCGUGCAAGGAAAAGUACGGAAAGGACUGGGACAAGUACCAGAAGUUGGUCCCGAGCCGGAUCAUUCCGUACGUCUAUUAA